CCGCUGUGUGGACGAACAGUUCGAACAGAGAGAUUCCAGCUAAUAUCUCACGCUACCCACGACACGGGGGCACAUGGUGCGCAUCGCACAUCCGAGGCAAGUUAGCCUCUUCCGCCCCACGAUACUUUUUUUUUACAGCUCGUCGUCUCUGAACGCUCUGUCUCUAAAAAGAGACAUUCCACUUUUGCUUACCACCGAAUCGGACCGGACCUCGCCCCGACCCAGAUAUAAUGAUACCGUUCAAGGCGACGAGGCGGGUCCAAAUUGACGAUCCCCAACCCCAACCGGUGUCUGAAGCCCCAAGAUACGACGACGUCGAGGACGACCGGGAAGAUGAAUUCGAUGGAGGAAUGAGAUUGAGACCCUCGGAAGGCAAUGUGACCGAAGAUCAGGAGCCUUUCAUGGGCGUCAAGGUCCGAAGAAAAACUUCCCUACAUAGAGAAUACCAAGGAGACUACAUCGAUGUCCCCUCCCAUCCCUUCUUGUUGAAAAUAUUGCAGAAACAAGGUGACAAGAAAGUUCUUUUUGCUGAUAAAGUUUUGAAGUUUACCAGUACAGGGAAGAUGAAACGACGUAUAUUGUUAAUUACUGAUUUUGCCAUGUACAUUGUUGAUCCGGAGUCUGAUACUCUUAAACGAAGGAUAGCCCUGGCAGCUGUAGAGAAGAUGUGCUUGAGUGAACUAAGUGAUAAUUUUCUUGCAAUUAUUAUUCCAACAGAAUAUGAUUUACUCCUGGCUAGUACUCGGAAGACUGAAAUUGUUACUGUGUUGGUUGAAACUGCUAAAAGUGCUUCUGAGUAUGAACUUGAGGUGGCUUUCUCUAACAGAUUUGAGUAUAAUGCUGCUGCUGACUUGGUGAAGGAGGUUCAGUUUGAGGAAGUUGAAGGAGGUGUUAAAACAAGAAUUGUGAGGAAAUGACUUGCAAUUUCUCUGCCAAACGUUUGUAGACUGCAGGGGAUUGGACUAAAAAUGAAUUUUCAUCAUUCAUUGUGUGUCAAGGUUCUGCUCAACAUAAGCCCAAUCCAAUUGGAGAAACGUAGUUAGAUGUUUUAUUUUGUGUGCGACUCUUAUACGGGGAGAAGUUAAAUGUAAUUUUUUCCUACUACAAAAUGUGAUUAUAUCAAUUUUCAAAAUCGAACUAAAUUUUUGUACACAAACAUCAGAUUGUAAUGGAUGCGUUUUUUAACCCUA